AUUUCCCCAAGACUAAUGGAUUGGGCUUUGUUGAUUAUCUCUUAGUAAAUCUAUGGGAGCUUCUCAAACAUGACCUAGAUUCUAUUGCACUGGUGAAGCAUCAUAUUGAAAAUAUUUUAUCCAAUUAGGAGUUUUUGAGAUCUUUUCUCAAUAAGCUGGACAACGAGCAUCUAGACCAAAUGGAUCCCGUUACAGAUGUUACAAAUGCGGCAUAUGAGGCUGAAUUUAUCAUUGACUCGAUUGAGGUUGGAAUUGGUAGCCAUUGGCAGCAUGUAUUGUGGCUUGAUGAGGUUCUCGAAGAGAUAAGACUCAUUAAGAUGUAGACCACCAAAAUUUAUGAGGAGAAGACUUUUGAUGCCAGAGACCACAUUGUCUCCCAGAAUUCUAGCCAUAUGAAAUCACCAGUCAGCAUACCAGAAGCUGGAACUGGUGAGCAAGUGGUAUCUCUCAGCGAUGAGGAAGAGACUAUAAUUGAUCAACUGACCAGAGGAUCCCCACAGCGAGAUAUUGUCUCCAUUGUUGGCAUGCCAGGUAUGACUACCCUAGCCAAGAAAUUGUACAACGAUCCCAAAGUUACACUUCACUUCUAUGCUUGUGGAUGGUGUUCCGUUUCGCAAGGACAUGCAAAGAGGGAGUUACUAGUUGACAUUUUAAGCAACAGUGGUGAACUUACUGAUGAUGUAUAUCAAAUGGCUGAUGAGGAUAUGGACUUGAAGUUGCACCAGCACUUGAUGAGAAAGAGGCGAUUGAUGUUAAAAGUGGUAUCUUGAAGAGAAUUUCCAGAAGACUUUUCAUCUCAGGGCGUGCCCACGUUAGAAACUGUAGAAGGAUACCCAAAAGCAGGACUCGCGGGAUUGGUAGCAGCAGGGUCAAUUAGAAAAUCAAGUCGACGUGAACCGGGGAGAUGGCCUGUGCUGGGUUGUUCGGAUGAUGGAGGUGGGGUCAUUACUCCAAGUCUGCCUGAGUUCGAUUCCAGUCCGCAAUCUAAUUGUUUACGUUCUAGGUAUCGAUCCGGCCCGCUCUGUCUGGGCGCUGUGGGAUUAGUCGGGUGGUCCCAGAUACCCAUAGUGUCAGAAAAAAAAGUGAACCGCGGAGAUGCAUGGGAUUAAAACUCCUAGACAAAGUCUUGCUCCCCGACGUUUCUUUGCUUCAACUGGCGGGGGCUACAAAAGGGAAGAAAGCCAGAUUCACGCAACAUUAAGAGAUUAGCUUGUAGUUUCUUUUCUUCGAUCAGACGUUUUCUUUUCUUUUCGGCGGCGAACAGCGGAAAAGCCAAAAUCACGCGGGCUUAUUAGAUUAGCUUUAGUUUGCUUUCCCUGUAAGACGAAUUUACUCGCUGCUUUGGCUUUUGUACAAUUUCUAUUAGACUAUCGCUUUUCUUGACUUUGCUUCAGUACGAACAAAAAGGAAAAAAAUCAGAGACAAUCAAGACUUUUUCUUUU